UUAUUUUUAUUUAAUUAACUUGAAGAAUUUUACAAUUGGCUAAAAGACAACACUAUGAUGCAUAAUCACUCCCCCCCACAUUGAUUUAAGAACCAAUCAAAAAAUGCUGCAUAUGAAAGCAUAUUUUUUAACACAGUAUUUUAUGUCUUUAGCCAAUUGCUUAUUCAACCAUUCAAUUAUAUAUGUCUACGUCCACUUACAUUAUACCUAUGAUGUAAUAAUUAGUCUUCGUUUGUAUAACUGUUAGUAUCACAACUCUAUAAAAAUGUCUGUCAUCAUUGCUACCAAAACUGUUAUUAACACUACUAACCCCUUUUGCAUCAUAAUUAUAUUGGUCCCUACUAAGACCAAUAUCAUUUAAGAUUUAUAUAUAUAUAUACUAAAAUAAGUCUAUAUAACAAAUUUUUAGUGUAUAAAUUAACUUCAGCUCAAAACUAAUCAGUUAUAUUAUUUAGAGUAACUAGACUUUUAAAAGAAUAUGAAAUUGUUUCUACGAUUAUUAUUAACUGUAUUCUUCUGUGGUUUCGUUUUGUGUCAAACAGUGAAUAGCCAAUACAAAGAGGUAGACUUUAAUCAUGUAGAUCCUGAUGGAUAUAAUGCAUUAUAUGAUGAAGAUCCUAAUUACAUUCAAAAACGUGUUCAAUUUCUACGUCUUGGUAAAAGAUUAGCCAGGAAAUCUGCUUAUCCUUAUGUUGGUUAAACAUUAUGCUGAUUUCAUUAAAAGAUAACUUAUAAAAAACAACUGUUUAACAAAAAUACAAAUUUUUAAAAUGAAACUAAAUUAAUAUAUAAGUAAUUAUUUACUAAA